ACUUCUGCCUCGGGCUCCCCUGCUCUUAACCCGCGCGUGGGGGCGCCCAGGCCACGAGGCUCCGCGGAGCAAGCAAGAGAUCUGCGCGGAGCCUGAGCGGCGCGCGUCCAGUCCCGAGGCCGAAGCCAGCACACCGGCAUGGCCCCCGCAGCGGCGUCGGGGGGUAGCACCCUGCCCAGUGGCUUUUCGGUCUUCACCACCUUCCCUGACUUGCUCUUCAUCUUUGAGUUUGUCUUCGGGGGCCUGGUGUGGAUCCUGGUGGCCUCCUCCCUAGUGCCCUGGCCCCUGGUCCAGGGCUGGGUGAUGUUCGUGUCGGUGUUCUGCUUUGUGGCCACCACCACCUUGAUCGUCCUGUACAUAAUUGGAGCCCACGGUGGGGAGACUUCCUGGGUCACCUUGGACGCAGCCUACCACUGCACUGCUGCCCUCUUUUAUCUCAGCGCCUCAGUCCUGGAGGCCCUGGCCACCAUCAGGAUCCAAGAUGGCUUCACCUUCAGACACUACCACGAAAACAUCGCUGCCGUGGUGUUCUCCUACGUAGCCACACUGCUCUACGUGGUCCAUGCAGUGUUCUCUUUAAUCAGGUGGAAGUCUUCAUAAAGCCGCAGCAGAACUUAAGCUGAAAACCCAGAUGGUGUUAACUGGUCGCCCCACCUUCCAGCAUAACUUUUUAGAAAACAGAAAUGCCCUCGAUGGUGAGAAAAAGAAAACAACUCCUCCCCCCGCCAAAAAAAAACCCUGCCCUGUUGCUUGUGGGUGCCAUGUUGACUCUCCAGUGUGCCUUCGAGUCCGGGUUGGGAGCUUGCUGUGUCUAACUUCCGACUGCUUCACUGUCUGCUAGGUCACCUCCUGUUUGUGAAAGGGGACCUUCUUGUUCGGGGGUGGGAAGUGGGGACCAUGACCUAAGAAGGAAACAAAGAUCCCCUGCUGACCCCUGGACCAGCUUUUGAGAAGGGCCAUCUGGAAUUUUCCACAGGCUCUCCUGAGCACCCCGUCUUGUGUCAUGUUUUAAGUCUUCAUGGAUGUCUGCGUGUCAUGGGGACUAAAACUCACUCAACAGAUCUUUCCAAAUAUCCAUGGUGGAAGAUGAUAACCCUUUGAAAUACUUUAUAAAGUGUCUUUAUGUUCAA